GGGAGGGGAGGCCUCCGUAAUCUCCCGCUAGCCUCUCGAAUCUUCCUGCAUGUUUACAUCCCUGCAGGGGUGGCUGGAAGCCAGGCACUCAAGCGUCCUGUGCUCCGGUGACAGCCCUCUCUGUUCUCGCCUAAGGAGACACUAAACCGUCAGGAACAUUUACUAUCUGUAGGAGAAACUGAGGCAGGAAGAGCCCGGCUGCGUAUGUUUUCCUUAAAUUGCGUUUGUGGACGCGCAGCCUCUUAAUCCCCUAUUCCCAGAUACGGCGGCCCUACGGUGGCUCCUCGCAAGAAGCAUGGAUCUCCCAACCCCUGACCUGCUGGACUCGUGGCUGGAGCCUCCAGGAGAUACCUUUUCGACAGGACCCUUCCUGGAGCUGGGACUCCCCUGUCCCCCUCCAGAGAUCCCGGUGACUAGGCUACAAGAACAGGGGCUGCAAGGCUUGGAGUCCAGUGGGGGCCAUAGCUGUGGCCUUCAAGAGAAUGAGCCUGAAGAUUUCCUGAAGCUUUUCAUUGAUCCCAAUGAGGUGUACUGCUCAGAAGCAUCUCCUGGCAGUGACAGUGCCAUCUCUGAGGACCCUGGCCAUCCAGACAGUCCCCCUGACCCCAGGGCACCCUGUUCUCCUGCCCUCUAUAAGCUUGUCUAUGAGGCAGGGGCCCUGGAGAGGAUGCAGGGGGAAGCUGGACCAAAUGUAGGGCUCAUCUCCAUCCAGCUAGAUCAGUGGAGCCCAUCAUUUUUGGUGCCUGAUGUCUGCAUGGUCAGCGAGCUGCCCUUUGAUGCUAAUGCCCAUAUCCUGCCCAGAGCAGGCACCAUAGCCCCAAUGCCUCCUGCGACCCUGCUGCCGUGUCAAACCCUGCUCCUGACAGAUGAGGAGAAGCGUCUGCUGGGGCAGGAAGGGGUUUCUCUGCCCUCUCACCUGCCUCUCACCAAGGCAGAGGAGAGGGUCCUCAAGAAGGUCAGGAGGAAAAUCCGUAACAAGCAGUCAGCUCAGGACAGUCGGCGGCGGAAGAAAGAGUACAUCGAUGGGCUAGAGGUUAGGGUGGCAGCCUGUUCUGCACAGAACCAGGAACUACAGAAAAAAGUCCAGGAGCUGGAGAGGCACAACAUCUCCUUGGUGGCUCAGCUCCGCCAGCUACAGACACUUGUUGUUCAAACCUCCAACAAAGCUGCCCAGACGAGCACUUGUGUUUUGAUCCUUCUUUUUUCCCUGGCUCUCAUCAUCCUGCCCAGCUUCAGCCCAUUUCAGGGUCUACCAGAAGUUGGGCCUGAGGAUUACCAGCCUCAUGGAGUGAUUUCCAGAAAUAUCCUGACCCACAAGGAUGUGACAGAAAAUCUGGAGACUCAAGUGGCAGAGCCCAGACUGGAGGAGCCACCUGGAGCGAAGGGUACAAAUGGCUCAACAAAGACACUGAUUGAGAAGACAGGACCCAGCGGGCACAUCAGAACAGUGCUGCAUGCAGAUGAGAUGUGAGCUGGAACAGAGUCCUUCCUGGCCUACUUCCUAAUCACAAUGAGGACGCCAGGGCUUCCCCCUGGGAUUCCCACUCAGGUGUGUCUGCCCUCAAAGGUCAGAAUUUCAGGACACCCUGAGGCCUGAUCUGCCUAUGUGAGAGGGCAUCUGAAAUACUUCUGUUAUGUAUCUGUGAUUUAUUUCUUCUUUGGGAAUAGGGUUGAGGAAAAACAAGUUUUGACUGAAAAAUGAA